AUGGGAGCUGAGAAAAAAUGGCUUUUCACGCUAUUCACUGCAGCGGUUUUAUCUCUGAUGAUACUGUUAAUGUCUUCCUUUUCUACCUUCAGUUCUCAAAAGCCUUUUCCUUCUAUUGUUCAACAUGGUUCUCAUUACCCUCCUGCUUUUGCUUACUUUAUCUCUGGUGGGCAUGGUGAUAAAGACCGGAUCUUUCGUUUGUUGUUGGCAAUUUACCAUCCGAGGAACCGUUACUUGCUUCAUCUUGGAAUGGAUGCUAGGCAAGAAGAGAGACAGGGUUUGGCUGAUGAUGUUAGUUCGGUUCCCGCGAUUCGGGCUUUCGGGAAUGUUGAUGUUGUUGGGAAGGCUGAUUGGAUUACUUACUUGGGAUCUUCUAAUGUUGCUAUCACUCUACGUGCUGCUGCUAUUAUGCUUAAGUUGGAUAGCGGGUGGAGUUGGUUUAUCACUUUGAGUGCACGUGAUUAUCCUCUUAUUACACAGGAUGAUCUAUCCCACGUAUUCUCCUCCGUAAGUAGAGACCUCAAUUUCAUUGAUCACACCAGUGACCUUGGAUGGAAAGAGAGUGACAGAUUCCAACCUAUUGUUGUUGACCCGGGAACUUAUUUAGCUAGGAGAAGUCAAAUUUUUCAAGCUACGGAGAAGAGGACAACACCCGAUGCGUUCAAACUCUUCACUGGUUCACCGUGGGUCACCUUGAGCCGACCUUUUCUAGAAUUCUGCAUUGUUGGUUGGGAUAAUUUACCACGAACGCUACUGAUGUAUUUUACAAAUGUCAAGUUAUCUCAAGAAGGCUACUUUCACUCGGUUGUUUGCAACGCACCGGAAUUUAAGAAUACGACAGUGAACGGCGACUUACGAUACAUGAUAUGGGAUAAUCCUCCGAAGAUGGAACCUCUCUUCCUUAAUACAUCUGUUUAUGACAUGAUGGCAGAAAGCGGAGCAGCUUUUGCAAGACAGUUUGAGGCCAAUAACCCCGUGCUGGAUUUGAUAGACAAAAGAAUUCUCAGACGCGGUCGGAAUCGAGCCGCCCCAGGGGCAUGGUGCUCAGGACAGAGAAGCUGGUGGGUGGAUCCGUGUUCCCAGUGGGGCGAUGUCGAUAUUCUGAAGCCCGGUCCUCAGGCUAAGAAGCUAGAGGCGUCUGUUUCUAGUCUUCUUGAUGACUGGACGGCGCAGACGAAUCAGUGCCAGUGA